GGUGUCGCGAGUGUGGCCCGAGAAUUAUGAAUCCCGCGGUUUUGGUACUCGUGGCGGCUCUCAUGUCGGAAGCGGCUGUCGCUUGUCGGGGAUCAUCGUGCUGUCAAAACCGCGGCAGCUGUAGCCCCUGCGACUCUUGCGAAAAUCCCUGCGGCUCGUGCCCUACCACUCCCGCGCCGGCACCUAAAGAAUCCCCACCCAUAAUUGUUAACUCCACCAACGUUAACAACAACAACUUCACGUUACCGACCGUUGUCCACAUCGAAAAUAUCGUCAGGACUCAAAAUACCUUAACCAUACCGAUCAACGUAACCGUAGAGAACACCAACUUGGUUAACGUGAACUCAGAAUCUCCAACUCCUAACUGCAACUCAACCACUAGCAUUCCAAUACCGUAUCCGGUACCGAUCUUCUUACCAGUACGCACAGGAUGCUGCAAUGUGAUACAUCCUUGCGUACCAUACGGAUGUCCCUGGUUAGGUCAGACCCAGUGCGGAAGUACCUGCAGGAGUCGCUUCAUGUUCCAACCUAUCGAUCCGUGUCAAGGAGCGUGUUCUAGGCUGGAACGCUCGUACCAAUCGUGGUGUCUAGGUCCGAAUUUUUGUCGUCAGUUACCCGUAGACUGUUCCACUUGCCCAGAAAAUUUCUACAGCGACUAUUCCACGUUCGCCAGAUGCGGAGGCUGCUUCAGGCCCGAUUUGCUCGGAAGCAACAUGGUUCCAAGCGCUACCGAGGUCGCUGUUUGGCCGAAUCUGAUCCAGUUACUAGGUGGAGCCUCGGAUAAGAACGCCAAAGUUCAAUCGACGGAAUAGCCUGUUUUCCACUUCUCUUAGAUAUGACGAACGGCGGUUCCGAAUCGAAGCUAUUUAUUAAUAUUGCACUUGUAUGUGCAGUCACGAACGAAGCAGCGCUUUCUUCUUUUUUUAAUUAAUUAGGGUCUCCCGAAAUUUGUCACGUAAAACGUAACGAAAUGAAUCGUAUGUAAUCCGUCUACGGCGUUUUGCAACUUGCAAUCAAAUGAAACUUUUCGACGAUAAAAAUAUCGAUCCUAAGUUUUAAAAAAUACGAUGGUCGGCUCGACUUUGACGAUAUAUGCAUUAACAUAUUGUACUGAUCUUGUGAAUAA